GACAGGCAUGUUUUGGUUUCACUGAAGUGUCAGACAUGCACAACAGUUGCAGAUUUACCGGCUUACACGACUGUCAAGGAAAAUCUGAGAGCGGAACAUGGAGAGACGAGAGUUCGUCGCGUCCCUGGUGGCAGGAGGCUGUGCGGGGAUGUGUGUUGAUCUGACCCUGUUCCCCUUGGACACCAUUAAGACCAGACUGCAGAGUCAGCAGGGCUUCUACAAGGCAGGAGGCUUUAGGGGCAUCUACGCCGGGGUCCCAUCUGCUGCUGUUGGCUCCUUCCCCAAUGCUGCUGCUUUCUUUGUCACCUACGAUUGCACAAAGUCCCUCCUCGGCGCCGGCGGAACGCUCGCAUCGCCACGCAUGGCACCCGUCACUCACAUGGUGGCCGCCUCCCUGGGAGAAAUAGUGGCGUGUCUGAUCCGGGUGCCCACAGAGGUGGUCAAACAGAGGACCCAAGCCUCUCCUUCAUCCUCCACAUACAGCGUGUUGCUGGCGACACUCAAAGAAGAGGGUGUUCGAGGCUUGUACAGAGGAUACGGCAGCACAGUUCUCAGAGAGAUCCCCUUCUCACUGGUGCAGUUUCCACUUUGGGAGUAUUUAAAGAGUCUGUGGUCGUGGAGGCAAGGUCACACGCUCUACUCUUGGCAGGCAGCAGUGUGCGGAGCUUUUGCAGGUGCGGUGGCGGCGUUCGUCACGACUCCCCUCGACGUGGCGAAGACCAGGAUCAUGCUCGCAAAGGCCGGGUCGACCACAGCGAGCGGCAACAUCCCGCUGGUUCUCUACGACGUGUGGAGGACUCGAGGCCUUACGGGUCUGUUUGCAGGCAGCAUCCCGAGGAUAACCUUCAUCAGCGUGGGCGGUUUCAUCUUCCUGGGAGCGUACGAGAAGGUUCGCCGUACUUUGUUGUAGCAGCGUGACUGUCCCGAGCCUCGGCCUGAUGGAGGAACAGCAGGGACAGUGUGUCUGGAAGUAGCACCCUCGUCUUUUGGAUGCAACCUCCACAUGCUGCCGGGCCCUAAAUAGCAAGCAGCACUUGUUACUGAGAGGAGGAGUGGUCGGUGAGACUGCAUUACCCAGAAUGCCGUACCCCUGCUCUUUAGCGCUCUGAGUCGAACGGCCUCUUCUGCAGCAGCAUCAGCGAUUAGUUAAAAUGAAGCUCUGCUCUGUUGAACAAGACCAGCAUGUGUGAUUUUUUAAUGUAUGUGUGAGCGAAUGAUUGCGCCAUUAAAGACUGUCUCUUUGUUAUGCUCUGAGUGAGGUUUGCUGAUUUCUUUGGCUCCCUGUGGACCUCUGUUGGGUUCCAGUCUGACACGGUUUAAUGAUCAUUUUAGUGUUUCAUCCAUAUUUUCUUGUCUCCAUUAAGCCACUUGAGUAAAAGACGCACCAUGGAGACGCUGGUGUCUCACCCACUGCUACAUCCCUGAUGGAGCACAACUCACCUCAUCCACCUGCAGGAGGGUUUUGUUUUCCGUAAGAUGUCUCCAACGUCUUGUUGAGUUACUACUGCCUUUGCUUGAUCAAGAGGCCCGGCUGUUUUACUGAAGCUUUUUUUCAGUGACAGUUCAGGAUUGAUCUGUCAUGGCUUUAUUUAGAAAUAUUUAAUUGGAUGGAAAAGCUUCUCCAGUUAUGAUGGGGACCUUUUCUUCCUUCUUUUUGCCUUAUUUAAGUCAACUUGAUGUCAGUCGUUGAUGAUUUGAUGUGAUUUUUUUCUGAAGUGGGUCUAUGUAUUUGAAGUACGGCUGCAUGAUACUCACCAGAUGACUUAAAUAACUUGAAUAAAUAUUCUAGACUGAUUGUUAUACUUGUGCAUCAAUGAUAACAAAUUACGUUUUAAAGGUGACAAAAGCAACCUUGUCUAACACACUUAAAAUCAUUCAGAAUUGUUCUGCUUUUGGAUCAGAUCGGUCUUUGUGUUCCUCGUGCAGAGCUUCCUGAUUUAAAUGGUGAAACAAAUUAGUUGUGUUGUCACGUGUGGUGGCAACAACUGCAUGACAAGGCAAAUAUGCAGUUUUGGUAAUAAAAUCUGUGGGUGAAGUAUUUCCA